CAUCCAUCCAAAAAUCAUUCACAUGUUUUUGUUUUCUCCUUUCAACACUUAAAAACUCUCUCCAUGUCUUCUUCAUCUCCAUAACAACCAUCACCACCAUUGUUUCCGAUGGAAUCACACACUUUCUUUUUCUUUUUCUUUUUGUUUGUAGUUUUUUCAUUUGUUGAAGUCGCAAUCUCAAACUCCAAAGUUCCUGUUCCCCAUAUCACUGUCGUUGGUGUUGUCUACUGUGAUGCAUGUUCUAACAACUCCUUCUCCACCCACAGCUACUUCUUGCCAGGCGCAGAAGUAAGAAUAGAUUGCAAGUUCAAAGCAGCAUCUCCAAGAACAACAGAACAAAUAUCAUUCUCAGUUAACAGAACUACAAACAAACAUGGAGUCUACAAAUUGGAAAUUCCUUCUGUUGAUGGAAUCAAUUGUGCUAAAGAAGAAGUUCAAGUUCUUAACACAUGCAGAGCUUCAUUAAUCAGAAGCACAUCUCCUGCAUGCAAUGUUCCUGCCUCUAUCACCACUUCCAAUCAAUUCUCUGUUAAGUCCAAACAAGCAAAUCUUUGUAUUUAUAGCCUCUAUGCAUUGAGUUUUAGACCUUCCAAGAAAGAUCUUGCAAUUUGUGGUUAGGGCUUUGGAUUUUUGUUUAUUUUUGUAUUAUAGCGUUGUGUUUUUUCUUGUUGGGAUAUUGGACUUUGUAAAAUGUAUCGGAUAUAGCAUUGUGAUUUGUAUUUGGAUGAUAAUUAUAUAAUUAGGUUGA